AUAAGCAGAGUGGAACUCUCAUUGUUCUACUAUAUCAGCAACGCAGUCCAAUUCUUGACCUCUUAGAUCUUAUUUGGUUGUUUUCAUUCCAAAUAAUUGAAAAUUAUCAAUGGCUGCUGUAUCAGUUGGGGAGAUCAUAAAAGCUGAGAAAGCCCAGGGUCCGGCCACCAUCCUCGCCAUUGGCACCGCCACUCCCUCUAACUGCGUAAACCAGGUUGAUUACCCUGAUUAUUACUUCAGGAUCACGAAGAGUGAGCACAUGACUGACUUGAAAGAAAAGUUCAAGCGCAUUUGUGACAAAUCUAAGGUCAAGAAACGUUACAUGCAUUUAAAUGAAGAAAUAUUGAAAGAGAAUCCCAACAUGUGCGCUUAUUGGGAACCAUCUCUCGAUGCUCGUCAAGAUAUUGCAGCGGUAGAGGUUCCCAAGCUGGGGAAGGAAGCAGCAGCUAAGGCUAUCAAGGAAUGGGGCCAACCCAAGUCCAAGAUCACCCAUCUUAUUUUCUGCACAACCUCUGUAAUUGACAUACCUGGUUGUGACUACCAGCUUACUAAGCUCCUUGGUCUUCAUCCCGCUGUCAAGCGAUUCAUGAUAUAUCAUCAAGGCUGCUACGCCAGUGGGAUGGCCCUCCGUGUAGCGAAGGACUUGGCUGAGAACAAUAAGGGUGCUCGAGUUCUUGUUGUAUGCUCUGAGAUAAGAGUUGCCACUUUUCGUGGUCCUUCGGAAACCCACUUGGAUUCCUUAGUGGGUCAAGCUAUUUUCAGUGAUGGAGCUGGAGCUAUAAUUAUUGGGUCUGAUCCGGAUAUUCCAAUCGAGUAUCCAUUAUUUCAACUUAUCUCUGCAGCACAGACAAUCAUUCCUGACUCUGAUGGCGCCAUUCAUGGGCACUUACGUGAAGUGGGUCUAACCGUUCACUUGCUAAAAGACAUUCCAAGGUUAAUUUCGAAGAACAUAGGGGAGAUCCUAGAGGAAGCUUUCAGUCCAAUUGGUAUCAGCGAUUGGAACUCCAUAUUCUGGAUAGCUCAUCCAGGUGGUUCAGCCAUUCUUGACCAAAUUGAAGUGAAACUGAGUCUAGACCCUGAAAAACUGAACGCAAGCAAGCAUGUUCUAAGCGAGUAUGGAAACAUGUCAAGUGCUUCUGUGUUAUUUAUCUUGGAUGAGAUGAGAAAGAAAUCUCUUGAGGAAGGGAAGGCCACCACCGGAGAAGGGUUGGAGUGGGGUGUUUUGUUUGGGUUUGGGCCUGGUAUAACAGUGGAGACAGUUGUGCUACAUAGCGUCAGAAUAUAAGCAACGAAUCAUUGAAUUAAUUAUUCAUGAGAGCGUGAAGAAGGAUAAGACUUUUGAAUUUUAUUUGUGUGGUUGAGUUAUUGCGAAGUUAGUGUGAAGAAUCUAAGUCAAGCAUUCAAAUAUACGGAUAGACUAGUAUGAAAUUAGUGAAUAUAAAUAAGGGCAGAGUGGAAAGAAAUAUGUAACUGUGUGGAGUGGAAAUAAAUAUGUAACUGUGUUGAGUGGCAUUUACCUAUUUAAGAUGGUGUGUUAUAUAGGCAGUGGAAUUUCAUAUAAUAUUAUUGUUAUAUCUUUAUUGUA